CCUAUUUCAUCCCGAGUCUCAUUAUGUCGACGAUCCAACGGCCCGGACCGGUAGGCCAAUCCGAUGACCUGUAUGCCGACGGCAAAGUCAUGACAAAGGCUCAAUUCUGGCCACAUAUCCCACCACCACCCCGCAGUCAUCAGAAAGGCGUACCGAUAUGUAGGCCAGCCCCAUCGGCAUCUCAACGCCGUGUUCUCGGAAAGCAGCGGUCCACGGAGCAGCCGAUGGCUCCCGAGGAGGGGUUCGCAUCCGGGACCAAUCAUUUUAUCGCCAUUUCCAGUUCCUACAUCUCUAUGAAUGAUGUUAUCUCAUGCUUGAAGAUAAAAUAGAUACCCACAACAAAUACAUCUUGAGCCACUGUGUCAUUUGCUUAGUAUUUACCUGUCUCGGUGAUGCUAACCGUCCGUGUUAGUCUCGAGGUAACCGAGUUGGCAUCAGACCAACAAAUCUCGUAUCACAUCUACACAUCACCAACACCGACGGGGAUAAAUGACUGUAUUCCGUGACUCAUUGUAACCACACGUCUGUCUCAUAAGCAUUAGGAUCACGUAUAAGACUCUCGUCAUCCUCUCCUACUCACGAGCCUGUUUAUACCCAUCCCAAUCAUCUCACAACCCCUUGUCUCCCUCAAGGUCCCUCACACUACCGCCGACAUGCCUCGUCAAGACCUCGAAUACCCAAAAGAAGCUCAUAACACCGUGAAGCGCUACAAUCACCUAGCUGAAUACUCCCUCCGAACAAUCCACUCCAUAAUCAACUCCACCCCCCUCCUCCACAUCUCCUUCAACACCCCCAACACCCCCUACCCAGCCACAAUCCCCAUGAUCGGCCAAAUGGGCUCCUUCGACCGCCCCUCAGCCGACCUAGGCGACGUCCUAGACCUCUACAUCCACGGCUACAUCUCGGCCCGCCUCACCAACCUCACCCGCACACCCUCGGGCCUCCCCAUCACCGUCUCCGCCUCCACAGUCGACGGCCUCCUCCUCUCCCUCACCCCCUUCUCCCACGGGUACAACUUCCGCUCCGCCGUCCUGUUCGGACACGCCACCGUCGUGACAGACCCGGCAGAAAAGCUUUACGCAAUGGAGCUCAUCACGAAUAAGGUGGUUCCAAACCGGUGGAACGAGGCCCGGACACCGCCGACGGUCGGCGAGAUGGCUGCCACGGCGGUGAUGAAAGUCAAGAUUGAUACCGGCAGCGCCAAGGUGAGGACCGGGCCGCCGAAAGAUGACAAGGGUGAUUUGGAGAAUGAGGAGGUGAGAGAGAAGGUGUGGGUUGGGACGGUCCCGGUGUACACUGUGCUUGGGGAGCCAAAGGUGGCAGAGUAUAAUCUGGCAGAGAAGGUGCCAAAGACGUUGGUGGAGUGGAGGAAAGAGGUGAACCAAGACGCAAAGGAGUAUGCUGAGCUCGCAGCGGUGAAAAACUUGGCUCCAGAGAAGAAGAAGCAGGAUGAUAACUGAGCUGUGGUGAAAAAUGGAAAAGUUUUAUGCUUGUUUAUGAGUCAAGGAAGUAUUUGAUGAUGAAAAAGAGAAGGAACUCCUGAGCUUCCGGUAUCCUUGUAUGCCAACACGAUGAAGCGUGAAUAAACAACAUUCAAACAACCCACCCAAUGAUAGACCUCUCAAAUGCA